AUGUCGAGCCCUCCGCCGCCGGUGCCCGACGGCGGGCCGAGCCCAUUCAUGCAGCAGCAGCAGCCGGACUAUAGCUUCAGCGGCCGCGUCCUGCUCACGGCCGUCAUCAUCCUCGCCAUGCUCACCGUCGUCUUCGGCCUCAUCCGCCUGCUGCUCUACCAGUUCGUGGCGCGCGGCCGGGGCAGCCUGGCCCUGGGCGUCCGCCGCUCCUUCGGUUCCUUCGGCAGGAGGAGCGCCCGCCACGGCCUCGACGCGUCCGCGCUCGCUACGCUGCCGGUCACCACGUACCGCGUCCGCAAGGCGGACGGCGGCGGCGGCGGCGGCGGCGACGGGUCUAGCUCUGCCUCCGGCAGCGCCGCCGGGACGACGUCGGCGGCGGACUGCGCGGUGUGCCUGUCGGAGCUCGCGGACGGCGAGAAGGUGCGCGCGCUGCCGGGCUGCGGCCACGUCUUCCACGUCGACUGCGUCGACGCGUGGCUGCGGUCCCGGAACACGUGCCCGGUGUGCCGGGCCGAGGUGCGGCCCAAGGCGACGGCGGGGCGGACGCGCGCCGUCGCCGCCUCCGGCGUUGAUCGGUGCGGCGGGGGGGACGUUGGUCGUGACCGUGGAAGGCGACGCCGUGGGGACCGGGGACGCGCGCCGCACGUCCGUGCUGGGCUUCGGUCAACCGUCCGGUGCCGUAGGGCACCUUCAGAAAUGAUUCUAAUGACUUCAAAGCUGGCCUAUUUGUGGAUAAGGCUUAAAAACUCCUGGUGCUUCAUGGUAACAGCCUGCAAUCAAAGAUAG